UCAAGGUUAGUAUCAGCGGCCGCUCGCGCUCAAGUGACAGGAACAACUGGACGAGAGGCUGUGAAACGCAGGAAGAGCUGCCAGGGCAGUGUUGUUUGACACUCUGAUAUGUUUCCGAGCGUGUGUUUAAGAUGUGUUCGUGACGCCACACGGCUCUGGGAAUGUCCUUCACGUCUCUAAGCUUCAGUUGAAGAGCGUCGAGCUGAGAAGGAGAGCAGAAAUGGGUGGAAAGAAAUCCAAAAGUGCUGUAGAUGACGACACGACGCAAUCGGGACGAAAGAGCGCCGCUCAGGACGAAAACCUUCCGACGGUCGAACGCAUUCGCAAACACACCACAACACACUUCGGAUACAAAGUGCUCAGUCUGGCUCGACGCGGCCUGACGGAUGCUCCAGAGGAAUUAUGGGAGAUCACAGAGCUGCAGAAGCUCAAUCUGUCGCUCAACGCGUUGCGAUCCGUUCCACCGUCGCUGGGUUCUCUGCAGAAUCUAGUGGUGCUCAAUCUCUGGGGAAACCAGCUCACUAGCUUGCCUCCUGAAAUCGGACGGCUGAGAAACCUAAAGGUGCUUUUCGCAUAUCGCAACCGUCUGAGCGACGUUCCCGAAGAGCUGGGUUCAUGCACCAAACUGGAAGUGUUGAGUCUGGCCAGUAACCAGUUAACUAGUCUCCCUGCGUCGCUCUCAUCCCUCGCAGGGUUAAAGAAGCUGAACCUGAGCCACAAUCUGAUCGCGCACAUCCCCGGCUGCGUCUACAGCAUGAAGAGCCUGGUGUUCCUGCAGCUGGCCUGUAACAGACUGGAAAACAUUGCCGAUCAGAUCCAAGCGCUGGCCGACCUGAAGAUCCUCAUCGUCGAGGGAAACUGCAUCCACUCGCUUCCCAAGAUGCUUUGCCGUCUGACCAAGCUGGAGCUCCUCAACGUGGAUUUCAACGACAUCCAGAGCGUGCCGGAGGAGAUGCACCGGCUGAGACGUCUGGAGAAACUGGCCUGCCAUCCGCUGGACAAAGGUCUGCACAUCAGACACAAUCCUCUGCUGAAACCCAUCAAAGAGGUUCUGGACGGAGGUCUGCAGGCGCUCUACAGCUAUCUGAAGACCACGUGAAUCACCCGAGGCUUGUUCCCCGUCUCUGAGAGAUGCAGCUUCUCAAGCUCUCUCUGAGGAGAUAAAACUGUAGUGUUUUUAUUCCGACUGCUUUCAGAGUUCAUGCGCCUGCAGGAUGUAUAUUCACAAGAGUUCAGAAUAUACUGAAAACCAUUCAAAUGUCUAAAACUGCAAAAAAAAAAACAAAAUUCUCAGUGGUUGUUUUAUAUAUUUAAUGUAGCUUUUUGUGUUUUCAUAAAAAAAUAUUUAGCAAUAUAUAUAUAUAUAUAUAUAUAUUGCUACAAUGCCCUGCAAAAAAUAUUUAGUCCUAAAUGAAGUAUUUAUGUAUUUUAAUUGCCUAUAAAUUUCAGUUCACUUUGAUGACUAUUAUUAUAAAAUAAACAAGCUAAUAAUCAUAAUUUGUAAUGCAACAAGUAAAUCAUGAUAGUUUGUUAUUUGCAUCUGUUUGCUUUUAUUUAAAUAGAUUUUCAAAAUGCAUGUAUUAAAAUCAGCCUAAAUCUGUCUAGCUGUGGAUCAAGCAAUAUUAAGUCAGUUAAAAAUGUAUGAGAUUGAAACAAACUUGAUGUAUUGAUGAUAUAUAUUUAAAGCUGGUUAUUGUGUAUUUAAAACAAACUGAGAUUAUCUGCACUACUGACCUGUUUCAUUGUGCUGCGGUUCCUGUAGAGUCCAGAUCUUCAGACGUGAGUGUGUUGAGAGGGUCGUAGGUCACGUGUGUCUCAGAGCCUCUGGAGGUCAGUGCUGUAGAAAUCUUCUGUUGUGUGUGUGAGUAUUGAGACGAGUUCAAGGCCGACAGGAGCGUGAGGAAAUAAAAGGACACCGGCUGUUAAACAAGCACUCGAUUCCUCCGGCUCUGAGACGCUGAUCUCUAACAAACUCUCCUCCAUUACUGACCUCGGCACUGACCGCUGCUGGUUUGUUUAUCUGUGUUUUAACAACCCAACUCAACCUUUAUUCACAGAGCUGAACCCAAACUCAGUCAGAAUAACACACACUUCUGUAAGUGCCUGUGAGGAGAUGAACCUGUGUCUAAUGUUUCAGAAGCUACAGAAUAAAAGUAAGCUUUCAAAGGUUUAAAAAGACAAAAUGUAACUUACAUUUCACAAUUAUAAAAACAUCACAAGACAUAGCAUUGAAUGUGAAA